UGUAAUAUUCUUCAUAAUUCACAGUCAAGGUGUAUUGGUAGUCAACAAUUAACCAAAAUGACGUUCCUAGUCCCACGUAUGCUGGUUGUUUGUGUGUUUUCAGUCACUGGAUUGGCAUGGUUCGCUCAUGGAAUGGUUUUCAACCCAGCGCCCUGCCCAUGUUCCAAUCAUACAUUGUGUGAUCCCAUACGAACCACUGCAAAGAAGGAGGUGGUGGCAUUUUCUGGCAGCGGAGCCGAUUGGAGACAUUACUUCUGGGAUAACAUCACAGCCGUGAUCGUAGGAGAUGGAUUCGAUCCACAGAUGAUGUGCCACGCCCACUCCAAAGGAGUGAGGAUUGUUAUGAGGGGUGCAUGCUCCUUGGAGACUCUUUUCAAUGAGAGCGCCCGCACCGCCUGGGCCGAGCAAACUGUUCAGUCGGCUGUUGGCAACUUCACUGACGGAUUCAACAUAGAUUUUGAACAACCCCUCCAGAAGUCGCAGGCUCAUUACCUUACAGACAUGGUCAGACAAAUCAAAGACGCGUUUAAGAAGGCCCUGCCGUACGCCCAAGUAACGCUUGAUUCUCCAUAUUCGGCGGAGUGUACGUUCGGGCGGUGCUACGACUACCGUGCCAUCGGCGAGAUCGUCGACUACAUCAUGAUCAUGGCCUACGAUGAACUCGUUGUCGAUGGCAGGGCAAUGGCCAAUGCACCACUCAAUAAAACAACCAAAGGUGUAGAUGACUUCAUCAAAGCCGAUGUUCCCUCGAGCAAGCUUGUUCUUAUUGUUCCCUGGUAUGGGUACGACUUCCCCUGUUCGAUGCUGACAGAGAGUGACGUUUGCCUCUAUAAACUGUCCACCCAGCGACAGAGCGCCUUUGGUGAUAUCAUGAAACUCCUGGAUAACAACUCUACGACAGGUCGAAAAUGGAGCGAAGCCGACCAGUCUCCAUAUUUUGACUACAAGGAUACUGAAACUGGGCAAACGCAUCAGGUGUGGUAUGACAACGCAACUAGUCUCGCUCUACGCUUUGAGAUGGCAAAGGAAAAACAGCUACACGGAGUAUCUGUGUUUCAGGCCGACUGUCUGGAUUAUAGCACGCAUCAAAAGGCUGUCAACGAGACUAACGAAAUGUGGGACGCGUUCAUUGGAGAAUGGCUAUUUUGAAAAGUCAAACUAACCCUUCUGAAGAGAUUGAAAUUAAAAAAAAUGAUUGUUUCUAUUUCUUAAGAGUAAAUUGUUGUUUUGUCUUGUAUCGAUCAUCAAUAGGCAGCAGUGUUUUGUUUCAGUUUGACACUUCGGUUGCUUUUGUCGCCUCUCUGCACAGUGAUCUUUUGUUACACUUGCAUUUCUGCACAAAGCAAUAAUCAACGACUGAGGAAAGGAUUGAUUAUUUUAUGCAAUAGUAGUGCUUUUCAAAUGUACCCAUUUCCAGUCUUGAUUAGUUUCCCGUCAACCCCUUUAAUAAUAGUUUUAAUAAUAUUCGGUUCUUUUAUAGCGCAUAUCACAUUAAAUAAU